AUGGGCAGGGGGCCACAAAAAAGGAAGGCAAGCGCGGCCAACAGCGCAGGGAAAGGGCAGGGGGAAAGUAACAGGCAAAGCACAAAGGCGGGGAAAGCGCACGGGCAAAGUAAAGAGAGACAAGAAGCAAGACAGAGAGAAGCGCAACAAGAACAACGAAGAACGAGGAAAGGAAGACCGGGAGGGAGGAAAAAAAAAAGGGGCGACAGGCAAGGAGGAAAGAAGAAAAGGGGGAAGAGCAACCCAAAGAGGCAAAGGAGAAGAGGGAAAGGAAAGCAAACGGAGAAAGAAAAGAGGGCCGGCCAGAAAGGGCAAAAAGGGAGAGCAGGAGCCAAAGGGGCAAGCAAGGAGCACGGAAAGAGGACAAAGAAAAAGGGGGCGGGGAGACACGCCGGAAGCCCGAAACCGGGAAAAAAACAGGCGAAAGCCGUAAGCCAAGCAGCGAAAAGGACAAAACGCAGAGGAAGAGAGGCGGAUGCGCUGAACGGCAAACGCCGCCGAGAGACCAACCAGAGGCGCCCAGGCACCGCGGCGGCGGGGAGGACAGCGCAAGGCAGGCGCGGGACGGCGAACGGGGGGGGGGACGCCGGACCACGGUCGGGGCGGGGCGCCGCACAGAAGUAA